GCACUUGUUCUUCAACAAUUACACUUGUUCUUGUUUGUUUAUAAUUAUCUAAGCUAUUUGUAAUAUAAUGGGUAACAUAGUAAAAGAGGUUACAAAGUGUGUUUUAAAGAUAGGGCAAGAUGAUCCAAGGAGAGUGAUUCAUUCUAUGAAAGUUGGAUUAGCAGUGACCUUAGUAUCUCUCUUUUACUAUUUUCAGUCAAUUUACCAAGACUUAGGCACCACUGCCUUAUGGGCUGUCCUUACUGUUGUCGUCGUUUUCGAGUUCUCUGUUGGAGCCACAUUGUACAAAGGUUUGAACAGGACAAUGGCAACAUUAAUAGGAGGGGCACUAGCAGUUGGCCUACAUAGCUUGGCUACUCAAUCUGGUCAUAUUGCUGAACCCUUUCUCAUCAGCUUCUUUGUUUUCCUUCAAGCUUCUUUGUCGACGUAUGCACGAUUUUACCCAAAGAUCAAAGCAAGAUAUGAUUAUGGUUUCCUCAUAUUCAUAUUGACCUUUUCAUUCAUCUCCAUCUCUGGAUUUCGUGUUGAGGAAAUUAUAGACCUGGCUCGCGAUAGAUGGGCUACAAUUUUAAUUGGAGUUUUUGGUUCUCUUCUUGUUUCUAUACUUGUUUUCCCUGUUUGGGCCGGUGAAGAUCUUCAUAACUUAAUUGCAAACAACUUCGACAAACUUGCCAAUUCUUUAGAUGAGUAUGGAAAUGCUUACUUCAAAAUGAAAGAGAAUUGUACUGCAAAUGAAAUUAAUGUAUCAAGACUUCGAAGUUACAAGAGUGUUUUCAACACAAAGGGCAAUGAGGAAACCUCGGCUAAUUUUGCAAAGUGGGAGCCAACUCAUGGUUGCUUUAGGUUCAAGCAUCCAUGGAAACUAUACCUACAGCUAGGAGCUCUUUCUCGAGAAUGUGCCUACAAGAUUGAUGCCCUUGAUGCGCGCCUUAAUGCAAAUGUUAAGACAUCACCCAAUUCUCAACAUGAAUUCCGUGCAACUUGUAAUCGAAUGGCGUUAGAAGCAAGCAAAACACUAAAAGAUCAAGCAAUUGCAUUGAAGACUAUGACCCGGCCUUCUUGUUGCAAAGUUAAUGUUGCAAAAUCCAAAGAAGAAAUGAAAAGCUUGCACGAAUUGUUGAAAUCAACUACAUUAUGGGAAGACUAUGAGCUGCAACUGCUCCAUGUCAUUUCAGCUACAACAAUCAUAUCCAUACUAACAGAUAUUCUUAUUUGUACCGAAAAAAUAGCAAAGUGCACCACUCAACUUGCUUCCUUGGCACAUUUCAGGACGACUAAGCUAGAAAAAACACAACUUGAGUCAAAAAGUGUUGAUCAAGAAUUGGGAAAACCGGUUUUCGUAGCAAGUGAGGGACAAGAACAGAAUCCUAGUGAUGCCAAAGUUGUGAAUUGCUCCCACACGGCAAUAACAAUUGAAGCAGGAGACUAAAAAAUAUAUCAUCCUUCAAAAAUCUGUUGCGAGUUUAGUGUGUAAUUACUAAUUAGUUGUGAAUUGUAAAAUGAAUGACGACAUCGAUCU